AUACUACGUUUCGAUUUCGAAUUCCGGUUCCGACGAGACGUCAACGCUAAAUUUAUCCGAUUUUUAUUAGUAUUUUGCUUACUAAUUUCCUUCAAAGAAUAGAACUGCAAUUCAUAACAUAAUCUUUAGUCACUUAAAACAUUCAUUAAUUCAUACACUCAAUCAUGCCACGCGGUAAGUUCACGAAUCACAAGGGCCGCAACCGCAAGUUCACGAGCCCAGAGGAGCUGGAAGAGCAGCGGAAACAAGAAGAACAGAAGCAAAAAUGGAGAAAAGAGCAUGGGAAAGAGAGCUCCAGUGAAGAAGAAUCUGAGGAAGAAAAGUCUGGCUCCGGCAGUGACGAGGACAGUGACUCGGAUGAUGAUAGACCAUCCAAAGCCAAGGGUGUGUCCGGCCUCAUUGAAGUAGAAAAUCCCAACCGUGUAGUGAAGAAAAACAAGAAAUUGAACAACUUGGACAAUCUAGGUGAAGGAGAGAAACCUCAAUUAUCAAGGCGUGAAAGAGAAGAAAUAGAAAAGCAGAGAGCAGCCGCCGCGUACCAGAAAUUGCACGCCGAGGGUAAAACCGAGCAAGCGCGAGCCGACCUCGCGAGGCUGGCCAUCAUCCGCCAACAGCGGGAGGAGGCCGCUAAACGCAGGGAGGCUGAGAAGAAAGCUAAGGAUGAAACACCUAAGAAAAGGUAGACUAAUGAGGUGACGAGGUGCCGUUUCGCUGUUUCGCAUGCUCAUAAUCUCAGGCUAGGUGGCUUUCCGAAACACACUCCUAUUGAAUAUUGUGAUCUUAUCUUAUACAAUUAUUUGCAUAUGGAAUUGUUUGUUCAUGUGUAAUGCAUAAUAUAUUUCUACAUCUCUGAUUUUGUGAAGCUUUCCUAGCUGUGACAUACUUCUAAUUGUGUGAAAUCUAAUUGUUUCUUCUUAUGACUGGACAGAUAGCUUUGUCUAUCAAAGUGACUGGUCAACAAAUUCUGGGUCAAAAAUUGAAUACUGAAAAUCAAGUGUUACACCAAAGUGGUGAAUGUUCAUGUAGUCUUGUUGUUUUUAUAUAACUAGGUAAAUUAAAUGUUAUAUUUUACGUCAUGAUGUGAGCAACAUUAUUUUAUUAAAAUGAUUUAUAAAUGUCUACAUUGAAUAAAGGCAAUAUCGCUGUAUCAGAUGCAUAUAAUAUGGUGUUUUAUUGACGAGUGACGACGUCCUGGCAUGAUGACACCAAGAUCAUAACUCCUUUGCAUGCCAUCAAAAUGUAGACAUUUAUUAAGCUAUCAUGAUAUCAUAUUACUUAUGUAUUAUAUGCCAUAAAUACUUAAUUCCGUCAAUGUUAAAGUUUCAAUGAAUUAUUUUAACAGCAAUAUUAUAUUGAUUUCGCAAUGAAAUGUCGUUAACAUAAAUAGCUGAUAUGUAAAUUUAAAUUUAUAUAUAACGUAAAGUAUGUAAUAAUGAAGGGUAUGAUGUCUACAUAAUUAUUUUUGAUUCCACCGGAAUAUGAGUUGUUUUAUGAAAUGUUCAUUGUAUGUAACAAGUCAUGAUGUUUACUUCUCACGACUUGAGCAAAAACUGUCGAAUAUAUCUAACCAAUGAGUAUUUCAUAAAGCAACAUAAAUGUAUGAAUUUGCUUAGGACUAAUUGUUAGAUAGUCUCACUAGACAAUUUUUAUAAAGCAAAUGUGUAUCUAUAUAAUAAAAAUUGAAAAUGAUCCUAA